AUGGAUGUUGUAUGCUCUAUGCAGGAUAUGGACGCUUGGGGUCCAUUUGUGGUCAACGGUGCUUGCGGUAACCUCAGCUUCACCCUCCUUUUUGAGGAGGUCGUGAUGGCAGUCAUUCCUGCGAGUUGUGCGCUUCUGGCCACACUAGCCAGAAUUACAAGUUUAUUUCGCCUAAAGUCUAAGACUGAAAGGACAUUUUUGUCUGCACUUAAACUUGGUGCGAUGAGCUUACUUGCAGCUCUUGAUCUCAUUCACAUUUGCGUAAUUGCAAUAAACGCAACACCCAAGACCCGUGCAUCUUUAGUGACUGCCAUUCUAUAUUUUCUAUUGACUUCGGUUUUUAUCUACCUGUCGGAGCUCGAACAUACGAGAACAGUAUGCCCUUCUUAUUUUCUAUGCGCCUACCUCUCCUUUAUUUGUCUUUUGGAUAUCAUUCGUGCACGAACACUUUGGACUAUCUACAAUGCGAAAAUUGUUGCCAUAGUUUUCACGACAGCACUUAUAUUGCGACUAUUGGUUCUGAUACUUGAAUCAUGGAGCAAACAACAUGCCUUGAAGGAACCCUUUCGAGAUUCACCGCCUGAAAUGACUAACGGGCUUUUUAGCCUUCUCUUCCUCAGCUGGUUGAAUUCGUUGUUGUUGAUUGGUUAUAAGGAAAGACUAUCGUUGAACAAUCUAUUUGACUUGAGAGAGAGUAUGAAGGCGGAAACUCUUCUAGCGAAAAUUGUAGACAAGUUGGUUUGCGCAAAGGAAUGGAAAAUGCAAUCCUUAUUUACCAUGGUCUUGAUACAGCAUUGGGAUACGUUCACCGCGGGUGCUUUGCUACGACUUUUCCUGAUUGCGUUGAAGUUCACACAACCAUUCCUAGUGGAAAGUUUGCUUGACUAUGUCAGCGCAGGGUCUGAAAAAUCGUCUGCUCGAGGUACAUGGCUGCUUAUUGCUUAUGCAGCGGUCUGUCAAGCAGGGUAUAAGUACCAAACUCACCGAUUGAUUGCUAUGGUUCGGGGGGACCUUACCACGCUAUUAUAUCGCCACAUUAUUGAUACUGAUACUAUGGAAACUUCUACUUCCCCUUCAGGACCUGUGACACUCGUGAGUAUUGGUAUGGAAAAGGUUGUAUACUCCAUGCAGCGAAUCCAUCAGACGUGGGCCGGACAAAUCGAAAUUGCCCUGGCAAUCUGGUUGCUCGAGAAACAAAUUCACCUAGCAGUACUUGGGUCAGUACUUAUUGCUAUUUUAUGCAUUGGAGCAGGUUGUUUUGUGGCUGUCACUGCUGGCCGGCGACAGAUCCUCUGGGUAGACGCUAGCGAACGAAGAAUCAACAUGACAACAAGCAUGCUUACGCAGUUUAAGUCUAUUAAGCUAGCAGGCUAUUCCAAUAUUCUAUCUUCUCGGAUCUUAAAUUUCCGCGAUGCUGAAGUUGAUAUAUCCAAGACAUUUCGAGAAUGUGUUGUAGGGAUGGUAAUCUUAGCCAACCUUUCCAUUAUUGCAGCUCCUAUAGUUGGCUUUGGGAUAUAUGUAUUAACACCUAGCGUCAGAGAAGGAAGGACUUUUGACUCUAAGAAGGCUUUCACUUCCCUCGCUAUAUUCGAAUUGCUUGCUCAAUCGACAAGCGUGACAAUACAAGCACUUGUCGAGAUAGUAUCUGCUGCGAAUUGCGUGGACAAAUUCAAACAACAUAUUGCCGGCGACUCCCAGGAUAACCAUGCAGACAAACAAGUCCUGGAGAGUUCGUCUGUCAAUCUUGAUAGUGGCAUCCUGCUUGAAAACAGCCACAACCGUUCCCUAAUCAAUCAACCAGGAGGCGGGACUUUGAGUGAUAUGCCACUAAUAUAUGCGCAUAGUGUGAAUAUUGGUUGGUCCGGCCAUGACCCGGUUAUCAAAGAUCUUACCUUCAAUAUCAUGAAGUCCCAGAUCGCUGUCAUCACUGGUAGUGUUGGAUCAGGGAAAUCAACGCUGGUUAGUGCAAUCCUAGGUCAGGCAUUAGUAUUUUCGGGCACACUUUUCACCACCUUCAAACACGCUGCUUAUUGUAGCCAAAACCCAUGGCUCUUGAAUCAAACAAUACGGGACAAUAUUUUAGCAGGAUCGGAUUUUGAAGCCGGCUGGUACGAGACAGUAAUAGACGCCCUAGCGAGAGCUGUCUACUCAAAGAUGGACAUUUUAAUCUUAGAUGAUGUCUUCAGUGGCUUGGAUCCCCAGACAACCGAAAGAAUUACAAGAGGUCUGUUGGGACCUAGGGGACUACUUCGCAGAACCCAAAAAACAGUUAUUCUGACUGUUACCGGACGCUUUUCCUGCGAUGUUGAUACAAUUAUCGACCUUGGCCACAAUACGCAGCCUUCACAAAACACAGAGAGAUCGCGAACAAGCCCUCCCGAAGAAUCUGGAGGCCAUCACUUGGGAAGUAUUGACAAAAACAACUUCCUCGAAAGGUUCUCCGAAGAAAACCAUCAAGAUAUCAUCCAACAGAAACCAAAAAAUGACGGCAGCCGCCAAAGUGACGCACAAAUUUACCGCUAUUACAUCUCGAAAGCCGGAAGAACAAAUGUUACUCUCUUCAUACUGUACUGUAUAGGGGCCGUUGUUGGGAUGUAUCUUCCUCUUUUUGCUGCCAUGCUUUACUUGGUUCAAAGGUUCUACUUAAGGACUUCACGCCAGCUCCGUAACCUUGACAUUGAGGCUAAAGCUCCUCUAAUCUCUCAUUUUAUGGAUACUAUUACUGGCAAGACUACGAUACAAAGCUAUGGUUUAGGAAAGAGUUUCGAGACUCGCCUGAUCAAGCUACUCGACGCUUCACAGAGACCUUUCUAUCUAUUAUAUUGCAUUCAGGAUUGGCUGGGACUGGUUCUAGGUUUGUUUGUCGCGGCAAUGGUGAUAGUCCUUGUCGGCAUUACCAUUGGAAUAAGAGGAAGCCCAACGGCUGGUUUCCUUGGAGUUGCUCUCAACAGCGUCAUCAGCUUUUCCCUAGAGCUUGCUGAGCUAGUUACAAGCUGGACAGAUCUGGAGACAGCUAUACAGGCACUCUCCCGAAUCAAGUCUUUUACAGCCAAUACUUCUGCUGAGUCCAACUCUGAAGAGGAAAGUCAUCUACCGGAGAACUGGCCUUCUGGUGGUCAAAUAGAGUUCAAAAAUGUCUCUGCGUCUUAUAAAGGUAGUGCCAGCGCCGUCCUCGUGGAUAUUGAUCUCCUAAUCACAAGCGGCCAGAAGAUUGGUGUCUGCGGUCGGACGGGCAGUGGGAAAAGCUCGCUCCUGGCCACUUUAACUCGUAUUCUAGAUGUUGACCACGGCUCGAUUUUGAUUGACGGUAUCGAGAUCAAGUAUGUUCCACACCAGCACAUCAGAAGCAAUAUUUUGAAUAUACCCCAGGAGCCGUUCAUUAUCCCUGGUACUAUACGAAAUAACAUGGAUCCGUGGGAUAAACUCCCCAACUGUCAGCUGACAGAUAUCCUGAGAAAGGUAUGUUUAUGGGAGAACAUUUCUACAAAAGCUGGACUGGACACCGAUAUGAACGACAUUCAUUUGUCAACUGGACAGCUGCAGCUCUUGUCUCUGGCACGGGUGCUAGUUCAACAAGGAAGAAUUGUUGUUAUGGACGAAAUUUCUAGCAACCUCGACAGCGAGACAGAUGUUUUGAUCCAGAGUGUUAUCAAUGAGUGCCUCAUGGGUCGUACAGUCAUUAUUGUUUCGCAUAACUUAGACCGCCUCAUGGAGUGUGAGAAAGUGAUUGUUAUUGAAAGUGGUCGGGUUGUUGAGUUUGAGGCUCCUAGUUCGCUUAUUAGUGACCCAAACUCGAGGUUUUCUCAAAUAUUUCAGUAG